UCUCUCUCUCUCUUUCUCUACCUCUGUCUCUCUCUCCCUUUCUCUUCUUUCUUUGCACUUGCAUCCGAGUCAGAGCACGAAACAAUCUCUCCAAUACUUCUUCUCUACUCAUAAACGUUACUUGAUAAAUGAGAGGAGCAAGAGAUUCAAAGGCAGAGGGAGAGAAGAAAUGGAGAGAGGGAGGGAGAGAUGAAAGACAGGAAAAAAAGGACUCUGCAAGAGAUGGAGCUGAAGGAAUAAACAGAUAAAGGGUGAGAGACAGGCAGGGAUUGGCAGAAACAAAGACAAAGAUUGACAGACAAAGAUGGAGGAAAUGUGGGUGAGUGAGGCGGGAGGCAGCCCCGGAGGGUUCAUCAUUUCACACUGAGAUGAUGUCGAUUUUAUUUUUUGUUGUGUGUCUUGUGACUUGAGGUGACUUCACCCAUUUAUCACCAGACUAUCAAGGAGACAUAUAUCCGCUUAAACCUGCUCACCACAUCUUUGUAUGUUGGGAGACUAUUUUGUUUGUUUGUUUGUGUUUGGUCUGUAUUUGCGUUGGUGUGACCAGAUUCACUCCUGAAAACUGUGGUGAAAUAGAAGAGAGGGAGGGUGGGCAGUGUAAGCCCCGCCUCCCCUCGUCCCUCACGUAUAAGUAGGAGGCGAACGUUGCCCGCUCGCUCACUCAACACUCACGCCGAAGAAUGAGAUCCUUGAAGCACCUGAAACCCCACAACAGGAGGAGCGUGGAGGAGGCGAGCCGGCGCCUGGGUAGAUGUGAGCCCAAGGUGAUGGCCAGGCUGGUGGACAUAGGCACACAGACAGAUCCAGUAGUUGUGCUGUCCUUGGCCCAGGCCGCCGUGCUAGGUCUCAUCUCCCAGAAUGAAGUGUUUGGAGCUACAAUUGCACCCAACGGCUUCUAUACCGGCGAACCCAAAGAGUCCCCCGCACCCCCAGUAGACGGAGUCGACUACGAGUACGCAGACCAGCUUAUCGGAGCCAACGGAGAUUACUUAGGAGACAACUUGGGAGAAGACGGUCAGAUGCAACCCAGCUGUAGUCAGAGGAGGUGGCAUCAGGGGCCGCCCCAACAUCCAGACGUGAAAAUGGUUGGCCCCGAUCGCCACAGCCUUCAGGCCGGUGACGUGUCCUCGUCCCACGUGAAGGGGGAAGGGGUGAACUCUGGAUUGUCGUCCUGUGUCCACAUUCUUAACAACAUGGCUCCCAGAGGUGGUUUAGUACAAGUCGAUCCAGCGACCCUUAGAGGCACCAACAAGAGCUGUGCAGAGUGUGAGCGGGAGGUAACAAACCAGCCGCCAGCCAACGCACACGUUCACCCUCCGCCCUCACAGGUUGGCCAUAGAGGAGGGGAGCAGGGCCACAGAGGAGGGGAGCAGGGCCACAGAGGAGGGGAGCAGGGCCACAGAGGAGGGGAGCAGGGCCACAGAGGACUGCAGGCCCAGCGUCCUAUGGUGGGCCACGGUCGAGUUGGGCGAGAGGAUGAGGAAGAAGUGGAACACCAGGGGAACAACAUGAUGAAGCCCACACAGCAGGAUGAAGCCAUCAGCAGCUACUUCCAGACCAGUGAAGUGGGCAGCUAUGAUUCGGGAGAAAUGGGAAUGGGGGGUGAAUACGAAGAAAGCGGCCAGAGCAUGAUGUGGACAGAUGGGACUGGAGGAGCGCAGCACCAGCAGCCUCCACAACCACAGCCGCCUCGUCGGCACGGCGGUCGCCGAGUAGACCGGCUCGAUAUCAACAUCCAGAUUGACGAAUCUUAUUGCGUAGAUGUGGGAGACGGUCUGAAGCGUUGGAAGUGCCGCAUGUGUGAUAAAUCGUACACCUCCAAAUACAACUUGGUCACACACAUCCUGGGCCACAAUGGCAUCAAACCACACGCCUGUCCUCACUGUGGGAAGCUGUUCAAGCAGCCCAGUCACCUCCAAACCCACCUGCUAACCCACCAAGGUACGCGGCCCCACAAGUGCACCGUCUGCAAGAAAGGCUUCACUCAAACCAGCCACCUGAAGCGACACAUGCUCCAGCACACCGACGUCAAGCCCUACAGCUGCCGCUUCUGCCGACGUGGCUUCGCCUAUCCCAGCGAAUUGCGAGCACACGAGGUGAAGCAUGAGCGGGGUCGCUGCCACGUGUGCUCACAGUGCGGCAUGGAGUUCCCAACCUACGCCCACCUCAAGCGCCACCAGACAAGCCACCAGGGCCCCCACACCUUCCAGUGCACAGAGUGCAACAAGUCGUUUGCGUACCGUAGCCAGCUCCAGAACCAUCUCCUGAAGCACCAGAGCCCAAGGCCUUACACCUGCUCCCAGUGCGGCCUGGAGUUUGUUCAACUCCACCACCUUCGUCAGCACUCACUCACUCAUAAGGGAAUGAAAGGCCACAAGUGUGACGUGUGUUCACGAGAGUUCACCCUGUCUGCCAACCUGAAGAGGCACAUGCUCAUCCACAACAGCGUCCGACCCUUCCAGUGUCACGUCUGCUUCAAAAGCUUCAUCCAGAAACAGACCCUCAAGACGCACAUGAUCGUCCACCUACCUGUCAAGCCAUUUAAGUGCAAGGUAUGUGGCAAGUCUUUCAACAGAAUGUACAACCUGCUGGGCCACAUGCACCUCCACGCUGGCAGUAAGCCUUUCAAGUGUCCUUACUGCACCAGUAAGUUCAACCUGAAGGGGAACCUCAGCCGUCACAUGAAGGUCAAACAUGGGAUGGAAGUUUCACCAGAGGGACAAGACGUCCUUCCAGAAAUGGAGAGCCAGGGGGAGUAUGAAGGACAGAACUUCAGCUUUACUUCACCAGACAAUAUGGACAAUGGUGGCUCCCAAAACCUCACGAAACUAACCACAGCAAACAUGGAAGACAUGGAGGAGUAUUACAACUUCAGCAAGGAUACGAGCAGCUACACUACACCCUGAGUGGUGGUGGACCAGAGAACGUGAUUUGUUGUUUUUUUCAAAGCAGAAGGAAAUUACAGAUGCUCUUGUCAAGGCUGUGGGAGACUCUGGGGAAGGGGUUUUCUUUUAGUUUUGGCCUCCAUCCAGAAGAGCCAGAACUGCCAGACUCUGACGGGAGGCCGGGCAGCAGACACACUUCAGAGGAGACGUUUCAGCUCUGCAGAGCAGAGGCGCUGAAACCGCUGACGCCGUGUGGAGCUCCUUUUUUGGGGAUUGCUACUCUAACCAACUCUACAACUCGGACAGUGAAACCUGUAUGUUGUGUGUAUGUAUCAGUUAUUUGAGAAGAAGAAGAAGAAGAAGAAGAAGAAAAAAAAGAAAAACGCUGCAGUUGCAGAGACAUCAGUUACAUUUGAUGUGAUAGAAAUUUGUAAACCAUUUGGCCACUUUUCUGUCAUUCACAACCAAUGUAUGCCCUUAUAUUUUUGACUGAAAGUGCCAGUUGGAUACAUUUGCCGAUAAGCUUCCACCAUGUUGGCUAUUUACUCACUGUAUAUGGAACUUUUGAUACAUAGUCACAACAUAUUCAUAGGUGUGAAUGCUCUUACUAAACAGAUCCUAGUCAUGGUUACCUGUUCCUGCCCAGCCCUCAGUUUAACACAGUUCACACAGGCCAGUAUUUCAGUGCGUUUAUGUUUUGUUUUGUUUUGUUUUUUGCACGGGACAUUGUAGACUUUUUCUUAGCAGAGCACUUACUACCAAAGUUGCUUCUGUCCCAUGUCGGCUGACACCAGAAAUGAGCCCUCUCACAACCAGUCUGCAACAUGCAGUGUGUUUACCCACAGUUUUAUCUUUCACAUUGGUUUUGCUUUACAUUUAAUAAUCAAUCCUGUGUAGUGAAUAUACUGCUCUAGUUUUUGAAUUACUGAGUGAACAAUACAAAGCACUUUUUCAUUGAGAUCUGUUGUUUUUCUGUGAAGCCGUCUUCAGUACGGGUGGACUUGUUUGCCUACAGGAGAAGAGUUUGGGGGAAAUUAGGUGAUAGAAUCUUUAAAAGCCCAUUACGGCAAUAUUAUUCAAAUCAAACAGAUAUUCUUUCUCAGUAGGUUUGUUAAACUGCAGUUUCCUUCAUAUGGGUAUUUCACAGUUUGUCAAUUCACAUACGAAGUGAAGAAUGAGCGAUUCGAACAGAAACUCUGCAGUCUCUUUUUUUGUUUUCUUGUUGUUUGUCGUAUCAGCACUCUUAAAUCCAGGACUGUUUUCACUUCACUCUCAAUUCAAUUAAUUCAGAAAAAUAGUUCCUCCCUUAAGGGAAAAAAACUGAAAUAGAAAUUAAAGAGAAGCAGGGGAAUAUUUGGAGCUCGUCCUGGUUAUGUUUUGUUGAACGGUUGAAUUGAAAGUGGACUGACAAUAGUCCUGCUCUUCAUUAUUCUGUUUUGGGGAAGACAGUCAGCUCCCCCUGUCCUGCCAUGCAGGUCAGCCUUGAUAUGCACACUUAACCAGAGGAAUGGUCGACUAGUUCUUUUUUCAGAUGAGGAAUAUCAAACUGAGACCUCAUGGAAAUUGACCAUCAAUUAUUUAAUAAAGGUUCUCUAGUUUAAA